AUGUUUGAUGCUGGCUCGCAAGCCUUCAUUCCCUCGACAACCCCACCCUCUUUGUUCUCCAUAUUGCGUGGAGCUAGAGUUGCGGUUAUGCAAAACCAAGGUUUGGAGACGCAUUUAAUUGGCAUCUGCUUUGUUCUUGGCCUGAUUUUGGAUUUUUUUUCCCUUUUCCGUCUCACCGUUAGCCCCGUGGGCUACGCAAUCCUCGCUGGCGCGACCAGGGCUAUCCUGGAGCUGCCGCCUGUCACCCUGGACUGCCAGCCCUGGUACCCAGGGAAGGGGAAGAGAGAGAAGGCGUGUUGGCUCGAUAUCUGGGUGGAUACACUGGAGCUUUCCGAACUGCUCGUGCUCCAGAGCAAGAAGCGGCCAAUGAGGCCGAGUGAAUUGCUGGUGGCACCUGUGCGAGGACCACCACUUGCUGUACCUCAUACGGAGAUGAAGAAGGGUGAUACUGGACUCGUGCGCGUAGAAGCAACAAUUUCUGGUGAGAAUGGGCUAGAGGCAACGCUACACGACGCAAGGAUCGUGACCAAAUCGAAGGAGAUGCGUCAGCGCCGUCCCAACGCGCGCUGUCCUCUGAGAAAGUGCUGGCCUUCCGAGCGCCUUACUUGUGCAGACACGCGACUUUGCCGUCAUGUCCCUGGUCCCUCUGGAGGAGGAGGUGGUGCUGCCACUUGUCUCGUACCGGCACCAAGCGGUGCUCCUGUGGUACUCGUGCUGGUCGGUGAGCCGCACAGCUUUGUUUCGCGUGCCGGAUGGGAUGGGAUCAAGGGCUGUCUCUGA